AUGGAAAGAAGUGUCCAGACAAGCAUUGGAGCCGAAGGAUAUAUUGGAAACAGGAUUCAAUCUGCCGCUAAAAACAACUAUUGGAGCGGCACAUCACUUGCUGCCAAUGAAUAUAGCAGGAGCGGGAAUCAUGAUGCCGCCAAUGAAUACUACAGGAGCGGGACUCGUGAUGCCGCCAAAGUUACGGAUACUCAUGACAUUGGUCCAAUCCCAGCAAACAAUGACAAAGAGUCUUUCACAUCUCAGCUUUUUGCAGAUCCUGAAAUCCCAAUUCUGUUUGAACUGGAUGAUGGAGACAAUGAGGAUAUCAACUUGUAUGGAGAACUUGAUACAAGCUUCCACGAUCAACCCCAUCCAAGGGCAGAAGAUAAUGACGGUAUCCCAUUCAAAGUUAUUAUUCAUACAUCCGGAGUACACUAUCUACCCAUUUGGACUUGUACUUGCCAAUCUGCCGUGCUGCCUUUAGAUUUGCAAUAUCUGGAAAUGGGUCUUUUUGCUACUAGUUUUCAGAAUAUCCGAACCUUGUUUACACUGGACAUGCUAGAGGAUUUUAGGGUUACCAACCUUGAAUGCAAAACCUUGGGCUAUCAAUAUUAUCAAAAGCUCAGACGCAUUACCUCAUCUUCAUUUCCCAAAAAGGUUCUGAACCGCUAUUGGGAACUGAGAAGGCUUAGUCGCCAAUACAGAAACCUUAUAUUGCACAAAAUACACGGUCAAGGACACUCUAAACAGGCUCUAAAGGCUUAUAUGGAGUUGAAAUACCCACAACAAGGCUCCAAAAUGCAUCCCAAUCAGGAAUCUUUCAGCUCAAUAACAUCUCUGGAAACAGGGCAAACACGGAACAAUUCUUCAUCCCGACCAUCGGAACCAAACGAAGUUCCCAAACGGAAUGAUACAACAUCCCGGUUGGAAGUUGAUCCAGGUGAUUCUGACCCAAAUAAUAUGUCACCUGAACCUCCAUCCAGAAACAAGCCAGAUAAAAGAGGGUCCUUGACAUUGUUCUGUCCAGCAUGUCCACAGCCAGGUGUUAAUCUAUCUGAUAACUGGGUUCUUGAAGCCAAUAGCUAUGUGGCAGAUGGAAACUUCAAAGCCAAUCAUUUGAAUCAAAAAAACAAGGGAGACGAUGUCUGGCUCAGUGUUGGAGAAGGUUUUAUGACCAAUCCUGGGCCAUACAAGGAGCAUAUAAAGGAAGCUAUUUCUCUGGCACCACAUUAUAAAUGGGUAAGUGUAUUGCUGCCGCGGCCUAACAUGCUCCCGCCGCAGCUCAGCAUGCUUCCAAUUAACAACUUUUCCAGGAACCAACUUGUCACAACUACCAUGCACAAAAAGCAGAGAAUAGAGUUAGCCCUAGAAAACGAGUUAGAGGAAUAG